AUGAGAUGUACUGGCAAAAUGCCAGAAACAGUUUGCGUUCAAAACCAGCUCAGCAGUUUGGCUCAAAUCGGAGCCAAUCACCGAUCUAGUAAUACAACCUUACAGAAAACCAUGCACAAUCAGCAUCCACGCAACCCGCAACUAUUAGCGCUAUUUCCAUCUUCUCCGCUACCUUUUUUUUGGGUCUCCGACUCCUGGAGGAGCCAGAAAGUAGGGAGCCCGUCCCCUCGUGAAAUCGGAGUUCCAUUUCCUGUGCUAUCUAGGUUCAUCAAAGCUGGAUUUUGGGAAAGAAGUGAGAUACCAGUACAGUACACAAUGCACCAAUAA